AUGUCGGGCGGCGCCCUGAACUUCGUCACGUUCAACCAGGACCACAGCUGUCUGGCUGUCGGCACCUCCAAGGGCUUCCGCAUCUACCAUACAGACCCCUUUUCCAAGAUCUUCAACAGCGAUGACGGGAAUGUCUCCAUAAUCGAGAUGCUCUUCUCGACCUCGCUCGUUGCCCUGGUUCUUUCACCCCGCCAUCUGGUGAUCCAGAACACUAAGCGGGCCUCAGUCAUUUGCGAACUCACCUUCCCCAACGCCAUCCUUGCCGUGCGGCUAAAUCGAAAACGGCUGGCCGUGGUGUUGGAAGAGGAGAUCUAUCUUUACGACAUUUCUAACAUGACACUUUUGCAAACAAUAAACACCUCGCCGAAUCCAAACGCUAUUUGCGCCCUGUCUCCCUCGUCCGAGAGAUGCUACAUAGCCUAUCCGCUUCCCAAACAGCGAGAGGACACAGGCGAGAGACGGCCAUCGCAUGCCCCCCCCCUGUCCAGUUAUGUUCCGACUACCAGCGGUGAGGUACUCAUAUAUGAUACGGUGAAGCAGGUCUCUAUCAAUCUAAUCGAGGCUCACCGGUCGCCGCUGUGCUGCAUCGCUCUGAAUAACGACGGCACUCUCCUUGCGACGGCGUCAGAAAAGAGCACCAUUAUCCGCGUGUUUGCGAUUCCCAGUGGUCAGAGGCUGUAUCAGUUCCGGAGGGGUACCACUCCUUCGACCAUAUACAGCAUGUCUUUCAACCUCAGCUCAACCAUCCUCUGUGUUUCGUCCGUCUCCAACACUGUCCACAUCUACAAAUUGACCAACAAUUCUCAAGAAGGCGCCGAAGCAACAUCACCUAGGCGUAACCGCUUUGCCCGGUCUGCCAGUAUUAACAGUGCCGACUAUGUUCCCAACAGCGACGACGACUCUCGGCGAAGCAGUGGGGCGGAAGAGUAUGGCAGUACCGCGAGCCAGCCCAGUAGCGAAGGAAGCAAAGCUCUGCGGAACAGCGGCAUGUUUGGCAAUAUGAUCAGGCGGUCAUCUCAAAUUGUCGGGCGUGGCGUGGUCGGAGCAGUGGGGGCUUAUCUACCAGCCGCCGUGUCUGAGAUGUUCGAACCCGAGCGUGAUUUCGCAAGCAUCAAGAUUCCUAAACCAACCAGCACGGUACUGCAAGGAGCACCGGCUGGCGGGGGCGGACCCAUCCGCAGUGUUGUGGCCAUGAGUAGCAGUUCGCCUCAGGUCAUGGUAGUGACAAGCGAUGGUAUCUUCUAUGUGUACAACAUUGACAUGGAAAAGGGAGGGGAGGGGUACUUGGUGAAGCAGUUCUCUGUCGUUGAGGCGGAUGAUAAGCUGGACGCCUCAUAUAACGCAUAGGAAGUCACCGAGAACACCGAGGCCAUUGCCGGCAAGCACGAGUCAUUCGAAAAGGUGAGACGGAAGGCGAAGUUGAAGAAAGCUCUGGAAAGAGUGGUCCCAGAGAGUAUGACGGGCGCUGCACACGGUUUAGCCGACAUGGUUCCAGAUGUUACGGUCAAGGGUGUAAAAAAGACGGUGGAAGGGGCAGUGAAGAAGGCCGCGGGCUUGCAGAGAAAAGGAGGGCCCAGCGAUGAUGUUAUGGGAUUUUUGUAUCCCGAUUACAAUCCCCAACAUGAUUAUGUGAUAAACAUCUCGGAGGACGAGGAACUCGUAGUUCCGGCGUUGAACAAUUCUGGCAAGGAUGUUACAGGUUAUAUGGUGAAGGAUCACAUUGCAAAGCUCAUGCAGGCUUUGGAAACACCGUUGCCACCAGGUGAUCCUUCACUUCCUGGGAUGCCUCUUGGCUCGACGCAUCCCCGCCCUGACGAAGACGAAGAGCCUCUUCAAGUUGAAGAGGAUUUUUUUGGUGGUACUGGUGGUAGCAGUCGAGAUGAAGGAGAGGGAAAGGAAAAGGCCGCGCAAGAGAGGUCUUACCAAGAGCACAGCGUACGGGGGGUAAAAGGAAUAAAGAUGACGAUCGGUACCUUGCCGAAGACGAAGGUGAAGAUAAAGCGUUUAGCCCAGAUGGCAAGUUGAUCGAGGCGCCGGUCAAGACAAAGAAGGGGGAACUGGGUGGUGAGCGUGAUUUUAUUUCAGGUUGUGACUGGUAAUUUUGCUGAGUGGUUUGAGUAACUUGAUGGGGAACAUGUGCAUAGCGUUUGGAGUUUAUGGAUAUCGGAAUAGCGUAAUCAAAUCUCUUUAAUGCCUGCUUCCAUA